UUUCCGCGUCCCGCUGGGCGACGCCGGGUCCCGCGGGCGGGCGGAGGGCGGCGCGGCGCGGUGGCGGCGGCGCGGCCUGGGCAGCCAUGUCGCCUUUGUCUGCGGCGCUGGCGGCCCUGCGGGUGUACGCGGCGGGGGCCGCGGUGCUGGUGGCGCAGCUCCUGCGCCGCUGCCGCGGGGACUUCGCGGAGCCAGUGUUCCCCCGGCAGCCGGAUCGUGUGGCUAUCGUGACCGGAGGCACAGAUGGGAUCGGCUACUGCACCGCCAAGCACCUGGCCAGACUGGGCAUGCACGUGGUCAUAGCGGGGAACAACGAGGCCCGGGCAGAGGAGGCCGUCGGCAGGAUCAGAGCGGAGACCCUGAGCAGCAGAGUGGAGUUUUUAUACUGUGACCUGGCGUCCAUGAGUUCCAUCCGGCAGUUCGUCCAGAAGUUCAAGAUGAAGAACAUCCCUCUGCACGUCCUGGUGAACAACGCCGGCGUCAUGAUGGUCCCUCAGCGGGAAACCAAGGACGGAUUCGAGGAGCACUUCGGCCUGAACUACCUGGGACACUUCCUGCUGACCAACCUCCUGCUGGACACGCUCAGGGCAUCGGGAUCCCCGGGCUGCAGCGCCAGGGUAGUCACCGUGUCCUCCGCCACCCACUACGUGGGCCAGCUGGACCUGGAGGACCUUCAGGGCAGCGGCAGCUACUCGCCCCACGCGGCCUACGCGCAGAGCAAGCUGGCCCUGGUGCUCUUCACCUACCGGCUGCAGCGGCUGCUGGCCGCCCAGGGCAGCCCCGUGACGGCCAACGUGGUGGACCCCGGGGUGGUGGACACCGACCUCUACCGGCACGUCUUCUGGGGCACGCGUCUGGUCAAGAGAGCCCUGGGCUGGCUGCUGUUCAAGACGCCCGACGAGGGAGCCUGGACCUCCGUCUACGCGGCAGUGGCCCCGGAGCUGGAGGGAGUGGGUGGCCGCUACCUCUACAACGAGAAGGAGACCAAGUCCCUCAAGGUCACCUACGAUCAGAAGCUGCAGCAGCAACUGUGGACCAAAAGCUGCCAGAUGACGGGCAUCGCGGAUGGCAGCCCCGAGGGCAUCUCGGGAUAGCAGUGGCCCCGGGUCUCUGAGCCGAGCCCCGCGGGAACUCAGAGCCAGGGAAACGUGGGCGACCGCCACCCAGCCACGGGCGGAACCUCAGCCUCCAGUCUUGUCCUCCCUCAGUGCCAAAUUGUCGCAGGUGCCGUGAGCCAUUAAACCAUUCCACCUCAAGGCGCAGUUGUGAUUGCUUGGCCAACAGGGACCAGAGGAGGAUUAGCGGAGGCCCGGCGAGGAGACUCCCUUAUGGGAGACCACGUGGCAGGUCCGUAACCUGCUGGCGUGGCGGGGGCUGCGGCGUCUCCUCUCUGGGACCCCGAGUCACGUUCCGAGAGAGCCUGGUGGAGGUAGGAGCCCCAGAUGCAGAGAGGUGAGCUGCACCUCGGGACCCAGGAUGGGCUCAGGGUGCAGCCUCAGCAUCUGGUCGACCUCAGUCCAGCGUGGCUCAGGCAACAGGUGCCUUGUGACACUGAGACCAGACCCAUGCGGGACAUGAGCUGGCCAAGUGGGGGCUCAGGAGAACUGGGGACAGGGACAGGAUCCGGGUGGCUUCCCCAGGAAAUUCCAUAGGGCAGGGAUGGACAAGGCUGGGUGGCAUCACCAUGAGAUUCCGUGGGACAGGUCAGGAAUGGACUGGGAGAGUGUGUCCCUGGGCUUCUCUGGGUCAGGACACAUGGGUGCACUGCGCACAGGACACCUCUCCUCUUGGAUCUUCUCUUCUCAGACAUCGUCUGGGAGGGCUUCCGUUCCAUCCUCUGGUAGCAUCUUCAGGUCUUGGAUUGUCAUAGGUCUGUGAUUCUAGAAUAAUAAUAACCAUAUUCAGUGCCCAGAGGGGCCCUAGAUGUUUGUCCCUAGGUGUCUGUACUGACCCAGCGCCGCUGGACAUUUCCUCCUGAGUCCUCCUGAAUCUGCAGGUGCUGCCGGUCACCCACUUGGGACCCUGAACGUGGCUCUCCAUCCCUGGAACUAAUGGGAAUUUCAUUCCAAUGGAUCUUUUAUGAAAUCAGUGGUUGCUCCACGUUCUAGUCCACGUUCUAGUCCCAGAUCAUGAACAUGACCUUGUUUGCAAUGGAAUCUUUGCAUCUACCAUGAAGAAUUCCAAGAUGAGAAAGUCAUUCUGGUUUGCUCAAGUGUGCACAGUGUAACCACAGGAGAACUUCGCUACAGAGAAGCCGGCCACAAGAGACGGCUCAGCAAAGUCCACAGCCACCAACCGUGUACCUUCUGGAAGAAUCAGGCUCCGGGAGGCUCCUUCCUGCCUCUCCAGCUCCUGGGCUCCAGGUGGCCCUGGGCUGGUGGCCCCAGCCCUCCAGCCU